UUGUGGCUUUUAUUUAUUGAAAACAAAACCAAACCCAAAACUACAUUAAGUUUUUAAUAAUUUUUAACACUUAAUUCUUCUCUAGCACAUACAGAUGAAGCUGCUGUCUAAUCUGCAUGUGCUGCAGAAGGUUUACACUGCACUUGUUCUGAGGUUUUACCACCUCAUACCAUUUCUGCUGCUGACCCUCUUCCUCAUGUUCUCCUCCAGGCUUUUCUUCAGCUACCCCCAGACAAAAACCUACUUCCCUCACUUCGAUCUGAGCCAAGGCUCAGCUCAGCUCCGCGGCCACGGCUCCAAGGUCAUGAGUGCCAUCGGGGAAGCUGUGAAGAACAUUGAUGACAUCCGAAGGGCCUUGGUCAAGCUCAGCGAGCUGCAUGCUUACAUCCUCAGGGUGGACCCCGUGAACUUCAAGCUGCUUUCCCACUGUAUCCUGUGCUCUGUGGCUGCCCACUAUCCCAGUGACUUCACCCCAGAAGUUCAUGCUGCGUGGGACAAGUUCCUGUCCAGUAUUUCCUCUAUUCUGACGGAGAAGUACAGAUAAAUUACCUCAACGAGGGUGAAGGAGGCCCAUCCACAGCCCAGCCCUGCCGCCAGGCUCUGGGAUAUCACCCCUUCCUGGGCAGCUCUUUAAAUCCUCCUCCAGGGGCUCAGUCAU